AUGCCCGAUCAAACAUGGAAAUGGAUGAAAUUUGACAACUAUAAACCAUUUGUUGUUUACGCUGAUACUGAAGCGUAUCUGAAAGGGCUCAGUAUGGAGGAUCAGAAUCGUAUAUUUAGUGAGGAGUGUGCAACUACUGCAUAUCAGCAGCAUCAUAUGUACAGCGUUGGAUAUUAUUUUAAAUGUGAAUUUGACGAUUCAUUUUCAUAUUACCGAAGUAGCGGCAAUCAUACUGAUAGUGUCGAAUGGUUCAUCACAAAAUUGAAGGAAAUCGCUCAUGGAGUUGCAAUGUUAUUUGAUAAAAACACACCAAUGCUACCGUUAACUGAAGAUGAGAAAUAUUCAUUCCACGAUCCAAAUGCAUUAUGUACAAUUUGUGGUGAUAUUUUUGAAGCAAAUGAUAUUAGAGUACAUGAUCACUGCCAUCUCACCGGCCGAUAUAGAGGUCCAGCCCAUCAAGCAUGCAACUUACAGUUCCAAGAUAGCCACGUUGUACCCGUUAUUAUGCACAAUUUGUCGGGUUACGACUCACAUUUAUUCAUAAGAGAGUUGGCAGCAAAUAAUAUUAUAAAUGGAGAUGUUUCAAUUAUUCCAGCUAAUGCGGAACAAUACAUUGCAUUCACGAAAGUAGUAACAGGGAGUACACGCGGGCUCAAUACGAGAGAAAAUGUAAAAUUUAAAUUUAUUGAUUCAUAUCGAUUCAUGCCUACAUCUCUAGCUGAAUUAGCAUCACUAUUACCGGCAGAUAAAAAACAAAUAUUGUAUAACGAAUGUGAAAAAAAUGGCUACACACCAGCACAAAUCGCUAUGCUUGAACGUAAAGGCGUUUUCCCUUAUGAAUAUGUGAGCUGUAUGGAGCAGCUGAAGGAAACAAAUCUACCAUUAAAAGCAGAGUUUUACAGCAAACUUAGUGGAGAAGGAAUAUCGGAUGACGAUUACCAAUUUGCUCAUGAUAUCUGGCGGAAAUUCAAUUGUAAAACGCUCGGAGACUAUUCUGAACUGUAUCUAAAGACAGAUGUGCUACUAUUGGCCGACGUAUUUGAAAAUUUUCGAAAUACAUGCCAUACAAUUUACAAUUUGGAUCCGGCAAACUACUAUACAGCUCCAGGUCUUUCGUGGGAUGCCAUGCUCAAAUAUACCGGAGUGAGAAUUGAACUGUUAUCUGAUGUGGAAAUGUUGCUGUUCAUCGAACGUGGAAUUCGCAGUGGCAUAAGUCAGUGCAGUAAACGUCAAGUCAAAGCCAACAAUAAAUACAUGGGAGAUGUAUACAAUGAUGAGAAACCGUCAAAUUAUUUAAUGUAUUUAGAUGCAAAUAAUCUGUAUGGACACGCAAUGUCGCAACCAUUACCGCUGAGGGAUUUCAAAUGGAUUGAUGACAACAUUGUAAAGACAUCUUUUUCAAAUGCAGAUGAAAUAGCUAAAUUAGCUGACGAUUCGGAAUAUGGCUAUAUAUUUGAGGUGGAUCUACAAUAUCCAAAAAAUUUACAUGCUACACAUAAUGAUUUUCCAUUUUGUGCUGAAAAGCGAACGCUUCCGCAAGAAGUGUUCGAUAUUAUCGGCAUAAAAUCAAAUAAAAUCGAUAAAUUAUUGUUAACACUAUACGAUAAAGAAAAUUAUAUCAUUCAUUAUCGCAUGCUCAAAUUAGCAUUACAACACGGUUUAGUAUUGAAAAAAGUACAUCGAGUACUUCAAUUCGAACAAAGCUGCUGGCUAAAGCCCUACAUUGAUGUUAACACACAGCUACGUACGCAAGCAACCAACGACUUUGAAAAGUCGUUUACGUGCAGAUAUCAAACUUGUCAACAAGUGGGCAGUGAUUGA